CUCCGAAAUCCCCGCCUGCGACUGCUGAACCCGUGCCUGACCAGCGACCAACACGCCUCAAGCGCACGCACUAUUCACACCUUCAAGGACUCGCGGCGGAAACCUGAAAUUCGCCACACCCGCGGGCCCGCCCCCCCCCUCCCCAUUCUAAGCCUGACCAGCCCAUCGCUGUACGGCACUCGUACACUCCUCCCCACCUACCCACCGCACUUACUCGACUUACGCACAUUGCACACUCGCUCACUACCGUGCCCAGGAGCACCCGGUUCAAAGUCGCGUCUAACAAAAGAAAAAAAGCAGACGAGUCCCGUGACAAAUGAGUAAACGUCCCGAAAAAACCCACUACGUCCCGCCAGGUCGCCGCCCACACAAAACACCCGGUGUCUCGGUCGUGGCUGCCGCCGCUGCUGGUUCCCACCACUCACCCGCGACCACCCCCAGGAUCGCGCCACCUCCACCUGCUGCCAUUCCUCCCUCCUCUACGACCACCCCCCUCGCUCAGGCCCCCCUGCGUCCCACCGUGGCUGCGCAUACCCCGAGCUAUAUCAAUACCGCAUCUGCCACUCGCAACUCCCGCAACCACCCCACAACCUCCACAUCACACGCCGCCGCACACGCACAACUUCAACAAUAUUCACCACCACCACCUUCGACACAUUCUCAUCUCGAAUCGUCCAUCACCCCAGCUUCUCCACCACACACGCACACCCAUCCUCGAAAUACAACCACCACUACCAACAAUAAUACAUACACAUCCGACGCAAUGCGGUCCGGCCAUCCUUCACCGCACAUGCGCACCAUCGUCCCGCGUCGCGACUCCUACGAUGUUGGAAUUGCCCCUGGAAACGGUCAUCACCGUGUAGAGGUAAUUUACUAUCCUUCUACAUACGCUGCCCUCUCGUCGUCGUCUCUCUCUCCUGGCAUAGUCUGUUGCUGCUUCUGCUGCCGGGUUGGCGCGGCAUGUUCUGCACUUCCUGUCGCUAUCAGGCUGUUGCCCGUUCCCCAACCGAACCCAGCCUUGCACUUGCUUCGUCAGCCUCACGACAUGCCCAACUCCACAUGCGGCAGUAGGGCAGUGCAGCCUUCAGAGUCGACGCAGCACCCAACUCCCAACGCCCAAUAUGACAGAGCUAACUUUAGCGACGCACAGGUCCGCGAUCUUAGAUCCAACGAUUUCCCUGUUUACCGCAGCGACCGCAUCGAGAGCUCUCCGCGUCUGUCGCAUGCAACAAAAUACGACGGAUCGCAUCUCGGACGUAGCGCUCGCAAUUACGACGAUCGUUACGGCGAUGUUCGUCCCACCUUCAGAGGUAAGGCGCAGUAUCAGGCUCCGAGCCCAAUGAUGGCGCCCGUACGCAUCCUGCGUAAUCCCGACCGCGAGAGAGAACGCGCGCGCGAAAGCCGUGACGAGUUCGUCGAGGAACAUGGUUCUCGCCAGUUCAUCACUCGUGCCGAGCCGCGCGCAUACCCUGCUGCUGCUCCCCUCGGUCCCUCGAAGGCGAGAUUUCUCGGCGACAGCAUUCACACUCUGGCUCCGGCGACCUCUCUCAGUGAACGCUGCGAGCGUUACAUCAAAACUCUUCACCCCGAGCGGCCAGAUCCCCCUACUCAGGAUGAGCCGUAUGAGUAUCCUUACACCCAGCCCUGCGAUCCUACUACCCUCCCCGAGAUCAAGAACGGACGCAACUUUCCGAUCCCCGCCGAUAUGGAGAGGCCGGUCUACGUCACUGAGAGUAUCCGCACACCCUCAAUCGAGCAUGAUUAUUUCGUGCCCGGUUCCAAGAUCCGUCCCGAGAAGCGUCGUCGUCAUAGACCCCGCCGCCGCGACGAAUACGACGAGGCCUCCAGCAUCGGCGAGGAUUGCGCCCGUCGCAUGUACCGUCUCCACACGUAGAGCGGACACCACUUAGAUGCCUAUAUCGCUAGAACCGGAAGGAAAGAUGAAAUCGGGCGACAAAGAAGAGAUGGGACUGAACGAAAAAAGGUAAUUACUGGC